AAGUUGCAGAUGGAAGUAAUGCAUCUCAUUCAGGAUGUGAUUCAAGCCAAGGACUUCAACCAGAGGGACCUGGAUGUGUUUUCAGUCAGGAAAUGUCUGCACACACUGGAUAAUCAUACUACAAACAAGGAAUCUGCUAUUUUUCCUGAUGAUUGGGUUGGGACAGAUGUCACCAUUGACAUCCCUACAAAGUUGAAGGACAAUCAGUCCCAAUCAUUCAGCAUCUUGGGAUUUCAUUAUCAACCACUCAUAGCAGUCAUCCAUUCUGCAUUUGCCGACAUCCAAGCCAACACUUUUCACCUGUUCCCUUUCAAAUGCUUGUGGAAAGAUCCCCUUGACAACCAAGAACAAUGCAUAUUUGAUGAGCUAUAUACCUCUAACUCCUGGCUAGAAGCUCAGGAUGACCUUCAGCGGCAGCCAAAAGAACCAGGUUGCUCACUUGAACAUGUUAUCAUGGGGCUCAUGUUUUUUUCAGAUGUGACUCACCUUGCAAACUUCAGAACAGCUAAGGCCUGGCCUCUUUACCUGUACUUUGGAAAUUUAAGCAAGUAUGCAUGUUCAUCUCCCACAUCUGAUGCAUGCCAUCUUGUAGGAUUUUUCCCUUCAGUAUGCCAAUAA